ACGGUAUCCUAAGCACUCUUCAACCUCCUGGCUUUAUUACUCUAAAAGGAUGUCACACUUAUCGAUCGGGAGAAGAAGGCUACUUGCAAAAGACAAAAGAAGGGGAAAUUCUGGUACCUGAAACGAUGAAAAGGCUACAUUCUUAUGCGAGGCCGCGCAUGCAUAUGUGGACUGCAGACAUCAUAUUGCUGUUGACUGAUCUAAAGCUCGUUUACGUUAGAGGUGGCUGGAAAAAUCCAUCUGAAGAAUUAACUGGUGUGGCGUUUACAGGGUCUGCUUGCGGUCUUCGCAAAACGUUGGUAGUUUACGACGGUGAUCGUAGGGGCGUUUACAUGACCAUAGCCCACGAAAUAGGACACACACUCGGAUCGAAUCACGACGGUGAAGGCACGUCGAAAGGUUGCCCGAAGGAUGGUUACGUAAUGAAUCCAUCAACCACGACACAAACGGUGCCAUUCUACUCGGACUGCACCAUCGCUGCUGUGAACAAAUUUCUGCGCACCCCGAAAGCUACGUGCUUGUUCACAGACACACAUGUACCAGCCAUGCCAGUUGAUCCACGGCUUGCUGAAAGAAGGGCUCAGAAGUGCAAAGCCUUCUUGCCCAGAGGAGAGAGACUUGUGGUGACUGAGACGUAUCAAAUGUGCAAGUUUACUUGCUACACCGAAACACAUUCUUUUGUUCAUGUGGACGAUGACAAGACGCCAUGCGACCCACGUGAUCGUUCUAAGAAAUGUGUGCGAGGACAAUGCUCGUCAUAACAGUGAAGCGGCACAUCGAAUAAAGCAAAUUAUAAAAGUUGAUUUUGUGACGAA